AUGCCACUGGCUAACUACGUGCAGAAAAUACUCUCUGAUGGUCUGGAGUUGAAUGAAGGUGAAUAUGAGAUUGAGCGCUGUCACAGAAGCCUGGCUCCCCGCCCGGAUCCCGAUAAACCUCCGCGCAUCAUACUUGUGAGAUUUCUCAAAUAUAUUGCCCGUGAGAAAGUCCUGGCUGCUGCUAAGAAGAAGAAGGGGAUUCAAUGGGAUGGCUGUCGUCUGUCACUGUUCGAGGACAUGACAAAGGAGCGCUCAGCGCGGCGCAAAGUGUUUUCCCCCGUGAUGAAAAUGCUAUGGCAGCACCAGGUGAAGCACACGUUGGCGCACCCGGCCAUACUGAGGUUCACAUGGAGAGGACAGCGGCUGAGCUUUACUGACGCAAAGGAGGCAGAAAGUUUUGUACGAGAGCACAUCGAGAGCGCGGAGGACGACGAAACCACAACGAGCAGACAGACCACGGGAGACGGCGAGGGAACAUCUUGCUAA